CGAAUGCUUCGUAAGGUCGGACGUAUUUUAUAGUCGUUGUACGAAAUCGAUGUUGCUGCUGGUACGUCGUCUGUCGCCGCGGACGUAUAUAGAGUGUGCUUUUGUUGUGAGUUAUACCCCGGGCGGUGGUACCGCGUACGCGUUGCACUAUACUGAGAGGAGCAAAGCAAGAGACAGCGAAAGAUAUCACAUCUCGAGCGAGAAAGAUACCUCUAGCUAGGCCUAAGCUCGCGCGUACCAUAGUCAGUCAAAAACGAUCGAACGACAACACAACACAACAUACGUCGGUUGAGUCGGGUUGAGUCGUGCGUGAGGCCGUUUUAAGAGUUUAGGGGGUCUGAAACGAGGGGUAGUCCAUGAUGUGUUGGUGUAUUUGAUGGGACUGGCAAGACGAAAUACGCGGCGGUAAGCAGAUUUGAACAGACGUCGGAGUCAAGCGUGCGGGGUAGCGGCGGUUUGCGAUACGAGAAAGGUUACGGUGGGAGGCUGGUUGGUUGGACGGACGGCGGAGAGUGAAUCGUCGAAUCGAAGAAACCAGAGCUAGCAGGCAGCGUUCGAUGUGUGACAGCAAGAGUGAGAGAACGGAGCCCAAAGCGAUAGGUUGUGUGUGCUUUUGCUGCUGCUGCUGUUGCGGCCAGUGGAAGAAAUAAUUCGAAAGAGAAAAAAAUCGAGUGAAAAAGUACGAGCAAAGGAGUGGAAAAUUGAUAGUUUAAAGUUCUGGGCCUGUUUUGAAGUGUUCGCGGGUUACUUUUAUUGGACAGAACUUGCUCGUGAGCCUCUGAAUCCGUUUCGGUAAGGGCUUGGUCGUUUAGUGCCUGAGCUUUAAGCAUUGCAGGAAGAAAUAUCACAGCAGCUAAAAAUUUUCGGUUUGAUCGAACUCGCGGUUGGAUUCCGGAUUGCGAAGUAACCGUGUCGUGGACGCCGACUGCCAGAGCAGUACCACCAGUACCACAAAGGGAACAAGUGCAGCAGAUUGGAUCGUAGUGCCAGAAUAUCGAGCAGAAAAUGUCUGAUAAAGUGUCCAUAUCGCCAUCCAAAAGUCGCAGGCAAUUACGCGAACGGAAACAACGCAAACUAUACGCGGAGGAAUGGACCCUCGGUGACGAUGACUACGAGGGAGCGCGCGGUUUCAGCGUCGCCGAGAAGCUAGAAUCGGCCCGUUUUGCGCAGUCCGGUAUGGUGCGCGAGAUGAAAGGCAGCGAUCUCACCGUUGGCUUCCUCCAGCAGUACGGCUUUAACAUACCGCUGCUGUUCAAGGAGAAGACGGGUCUUGGGCUGCAGGUGCCAUCAACCAACUUUACCAUCAACGAUGUGCGGAUGUGCGUUGGUUCGCGGCGCAUUCUAGAUGUGAUGGAUGUCAACACGCAGAAGAAUGUCGAGAUGACCAUGAAGGAAUGGGAACGGUAUUACGAGGAUCCCAACAAAAAGAAGUUGUUGAAUGUGAUUUCGUUGGAAUUUUCCCACACGAAGCUGGAAAACUACGUCCAGAGUCCGAACAUUGUGCGCCAGGUCGAUUGGGUCGAUGUGGUCUGGCCGAAGCAACUGAAGGAGUCGCAGGUCGAGUCGACAAACGUGCUAAAUGAGAUGAUGUACCCGAAAGUGCAAAAGUAUUGUCUAAUGUCGGUGAAGAACUGCUAUACGGACUUCCAUGUGGACUUCGGUGGGACUUCAGUGUGGUAUCAUAUUCUGAAAGGAAGCAAAGUGUUUUGGUUGAUUCCACCGACCGAGAAAAAUUUACAAUUAUACGAGAAGUGGGUAUUGUCUGGUAAGCAAUCCGAUGUGUUUUUCGGUGAUGCUGUGGAAAAGUGUGCCAGAGUGUACCUGACUGCGGGCAACACGUUCUUCAUUCCUACCGGGUGGAUCCAUGCGGUGUACACACCGACCGAUUCUCUGGUGUUUGGUGGAAACUUUCUGCAUUCCUUUGGGAUCGUCAAGCAGCUUAAAAUCGCACAAGUCGAGGACAACACGAAAGUGCCGCAGAAAUUUCGUUAUCCGUUCUUUACCGAAAUGUUGUGGUACGUGUUGGCUAAGUACGUGUACACCUUGCUGGGACAUUCUCAUCUAGAGGGUGAGCCAGGUCGGGAAACGGAACAGGUCGGAAAACCACACGUGCAUUUAACUCACUACGAGCUGUUCGGAUUGAAGGAAAUCGUAAUGUACCUGUACGAUCUGCCGCCGCAGAAGAAGAACGUACCAGAUUUAAUUAAGGAUCCAGUUGCACUCAUUAAGGAUGUCCGGACGCUGGUGGAGCGUCACUGCAAGGACAAUCCGGAACAGGCAAUCACGGGAGUGCCGGUACUCCACCCAGAUCUCAACAAGAGCAAUAAUCCAUACCUCCGAGAGCGGUACGAAUAUUAUACCGGUGAAGGGGGAGCGAAAACGUCCCCUGAUCAUCCUAAUGAGGAUGAUGGUGAACCGAUGCAUCAUAGUCAGGAAGAAAACGUACACGAUAUGGCAGUAUCAAACGCGCAGCAACAAUCAGAAGACCAUUUUGUGUCUCCGCGAGAAAGUAGCUCUUCGACAACACAUCAAACCGAGCAGCAUCCAACCAGCAAUGGAACAGUAAUGUCUGCUCCUUCCAGUUUACCCCACGAUGAUGAUCGAAAUUUCGUAUCACCACAGCCGACACGACCUGGUGGCCCAGGCGGGAUUCGUGGCCCUUAUAAGAAAAACAGUGGCAAUACCAGUAGCGGAGGUGGUCGAUCCAGUGCGGAAAAACGCGAUGGAAAUGGUCCCCGACGACGAAGAACAAGAUGUAAAAAUUGCGAGGCUUGCCAGCGGUCAGAUUGUGGUGAGUGCAGUUUCUGUCUUGAUAUGGUAAAGUUUGGCGGUCCCGGACGAGCAAAACAAACUUGUAUGAUGCGCCAGUGUCUCCAGCCGAUGCUUCCGGUAACGGCGCAGUGCAUUCAUUGUCAUUUGGAUGGAUGGCGACAGGCUCCAAUUGCUGCCCCCGCACAGGCAAAGCUUCAAGCACAAAUGCAAGAAGGACCUUCGUCGCUAAUGGAAUGUUCGGUGUGCUACGAAAUUUCCCACCCUGACUGUGCCCAACGGUUGGCACCCGAGAUCGGUGGCAUCGUAAAUGAGGACCUACCAAACAGCUGGGAGUGUCCGACCUGCUGCAAGUCGGGUAAAAAUACCGAUUAUAGGCCGCGUCAUUUUCGUGCUCGACAAAAAUCCUCCGAAAUUCGACGGAUGUCAGUGAGCAGUGAUGCUGCCUCGGUGCACAACGCUGAUGUUGGACGGAUAGGUGGUACAGUGAUUCAGCAGGCUGUUAGUAGUAGCACCGUGUCGGGUGGUGUUCAUGGUACUGGCGAAAUGGCAGUAAGCACCCCUGUGGCACCUCGUUUCCAGAAUGAUAUGCUGUACGACUUCACCUCCACGGGAAAUGCAAUUAUAGUGGGCGGCAAUGGAGGCAACAUAUUGUUGGAGAGAAAACCGAAGAUAAAGGAUGAAGAUUUAUCAAGUGGUUCUGAACACGAUCAGAGCCAACAAAAGUUGGCGAUGAUGAUGCCAUCGUCGGCUGUGGGUAGUAUUCCAUUAAACAUGGAAAUAAAAGAAGAACCUAUGGAGGUCGGACACAGUAGUGGUGGACUAACAGCAUUGAAACCUGGGGAUGGAAAUGUCGGCGGUCAUCCAGUGAUGGCUGGCAUCAUGGUACCGAAACGCAGAAAAAGUGAUGACGGAAAUAGUAUGUGCAGCAGCAUGCAGGAUUCAGUUGAAAUUGGUGAACACAAUCAUAGUUUACCAAGAAAGAAAUCCUCACUUCGAACACAAUUGGCUCACCAAAUUCAUAGUUCAUCGACGAAACCUAUGAAGAAACCAUUGUACCCGGUUCGACCGGCACAUGUGCAUCAGCCACUGCUGUCUCAGCCAGGCAAUUAUGCUCUGGAUCCGACUUGCCUGCUAGCAGUGUUUCGUUAUUUACCCCCCGAGACUUUGGUGACAUGUUCACUGGUGUGCAAGACUUGGUCAAACAUUUCGGUGGAUUCUUCGUUAUGGAAGCGCAUGGAUUGUGCAGAAUACAAACUAACCGCUAGUCUACUGACGGCGAUUGUACGCCGCCAGCCGGAGCAUUUAAUCCUCAACUGGAUAGGCUUGGGAAAGCGCCAGGUGACCUGGUUAAUAUCAAGGAUACCGUGUUUGAAGCAUUUAUCCCUUCAGGGAACCCCAAUCCAGGCUGUUCUCGGAUUGUACACUUGUCUGUGUCCGCCGCUACAAAUUCUGGAUCUCAGCUUUGUUGCCGGUUUGAACGAUUCUGCCAUUCGCGAGAUCCUUUCUCCGCCAAAAGAUUCAAGGCCGGGUUUAGCCGACUCCAAAUCCAGACUGCGCAAUCUGAAGGUGUUGAAACUGGCAGGUACAGACAUUUCGGAUGUGGCUUUACGCUAUAUUACCCAGGGACUGCCAAGCCUUACCCACUUGGAUCUGUCCUCGUGUCAGCGAAUAACAGAUGCUGCUAUUGCCCAAAUCGGAACAUCUUCAGCAGCAAUCAAAACUUUGAUUGAGCUGGACUUGAGUUGCUGCAAGCUCAUUACCGAACUGUCGCUCGAUCAUUUAGCGAAAUGUGAUGCGCUGACUCGCUUGGAUCUCAGCCACGUACCCCAGGUUACGACUCAGGCUGUAAUCAAAUUUGCGUCUACUUCAAAAAAUGACCUGCAGUUGCACGGUAUAAAACUGGUGGACAAACGUAAACCAACACAGUAAAACAAGGGAAACAUAAGAGCACAGUACGCUUCUUGAUCUGGCCAUGUUCUUUGUGUUUAAAGGUGAAACAUUGUGAAUGAAAAACACAAGUUGGUUGCAUUUCAUUCGCAAAUUUGUCAACACUUAUUCACUGCGAUUAGGUACGAUAAGAUUAGGCAGGAAAAACAAGUUUACUCUGGCGCGCUAAUAGGGAACUUAACACUUGUAUGAUUAGAGACAAAGAGCCACCUCGUGUCACAUUUCGGUUAGAAUCUAAGAAUCCACACACACAAACUGAAACCAAAGACUACAAUUUAAGUUCUGCUUAGGGUGAACAAUUAUGUUGUAAAAGUAUCUUGUAACAGUUAGAGUUUAGUAGGCCUUUUUUUAAUCGUGAAUGAUUUCCAAUAUUUUCGUGAGAAAACGGUUGACCCCCAACUGCAUGACGUAGCACUUCUGGAAUAUGUAUUAUCCAUCGUAGAUCAGAUUUUCGCUUUUUAGCUAAGUUGUCAGAUAGUGUGAGUCAGUGCGGCUUGCUGUAUACAUAAUAAGUAACAUCAGUGGAAUAUUAGUAGAGCAGUGGUGUAGUAGCGACUGCAACAUUCAUAGAUUUUCCUUACAUGUCGAUAUGCUCUAUUGUAUAUUGUUUCCUUACGUUUUUCCUUUAUACGCUGAAUGUCGUUUGUUCUUGUGAUUGAUUGUGGCGAUUGACCUGCUAGUGACCGGUCCCUCUGACGCAAGUUACGUGUAUAGUGCUAUUAUAGUGAGAGAAACAAUAGUUGUAACGUAGUGAUAGUGUAUGUUUAGUUUAAGCGUUUUAGACGAUAGCGAAAGAAAAAGGUCCCAUAGUUUUUACAGGAUAAUUAAAUCCACAGCAGCGUUUUGCAACGUUUAAGCGGCAUUUGCUGCACUCGGUGUUACACAAAGAAGAAAAAAAACACAGAUGCAACUGCGUACACAAAUUGCAAGACAUUUUUUCGCGUUUAUAUUGCAACACAUUAGUGAUAUCUCUAUAUAUAAUAGUGAUAGAGUGCGCCUCUCUUUUUUCGGAAUCAGAAAACCCCUGAAAGCGCACCUUCUGUAGUGAAAUCAAGAGAUCGUAUUUAAACAAUGAGUACCAACCGUUAUUCGAAGCCGAGGAGCUUCACUAAGGAACAACAGUCUUUGCUUACCCUUGAGGAGACACUUAUUUGUAAAUAAACUGAAACAAUA